GACAAUAUCCCACCCAGCCGUCCUACCCCGUCCAGUCCCCCGCCAACCCCGCCGUGUACCCACAGACCGUGCCCCUUCCGCAGCCGCCGCCUUACACGGAUGCACCUCCUGCUUAUUCCGAGCUUUACCGUCCCAGCUUCGUGCCUCUGGGGGCUGCCACCGUACCGACAAUGUCCGCGGCGUAUCCGGGCGCUUCCGUCUUCCUGCCCGUGGCCCAGUCUGUGGCCGUGGGUCCGAUCGGCUCGUCGGUCCCGAUGGCGUAUUACCCCGUGGGACCGGUUUAUCCUCCGGGCUCGACGGUCCUUGUCGAAGGUGGUUUUGAUGCCGGAGCAAGGUUUGGGGCUGGUGGAACAGCCAGCAUCCCCCCCCCCCCUCCUGGCUGUCCCCCCAACGCCGCCCAGCUGGCCGUGAUGCAGGGAGCCAACGUCUUGGUGACGCAACGGAAGGGAAACUUCUUCCUGGGAGGCUCAGAUGGCGGCUACACUAUCUGGUGA